GUUCACUCUUACUGCAAGUGCAAUGGCAGCCUUCCAACCAGCUUCCUGCUUCUGAGCUUCUCCUUGGAGUCCUCUCUCAGCUUGGUCUUCCUAGAAAGUUCUCCCCACAAAUUGUUCGCAACUCCAGGUUGCCUACCGGUAAAGUCUGUAUUUGGUGGUGUGCAGUUCACUGACCGUGUGACUGCCGUUCCAGCCUGUGUGCACUACCGCGUCUGUCUCCUCGCCCAGCCUUCCGAGUGUUCUGGAGUACAAGUCCGGGUCCAGCCGAGCCUUUCAUUCCCUCACCUCUGUAGAACUCACAGCUUCCUCUGCCCAGGAUGUGGGAAGACGAGAGACGAAGUAAUAAGGAAGCGUCUCCUUAUUGACGGAGAUGGUGCUGGAGAUGACCGCAGAAUUAAUCUGCUAGUGAAGAGCUUCAUUAAGUGGUGCAACUCUGGAUCCCAAGAAGAGGGAUACAGCCAGUACCAACGCAUGCUGAGCACGCUGGCCCAGUGUGAGUUCUCCAUGGGCAAAACCUUGCUGGUGUAUGACAUGAAUCUCAGGGAGAUGGAGAACUAUGAAAAAAUUUACAAAGAAAUAGAAUGCAGUAUUGCAGGAGCACAUGAAAAAAUUGCUGAGUGCAAAAAGCAGAUUCUUCAAGCAAAGCGAAUACGAAAAAAUCGCCAAGAAUAUGAUGCUUUGGCAAAGGUGAUCCAGCAUCAUCCAGAUAGGCAUGAGACUUUAAAGGAACUAGAGGCUCUGGGAAAAGAGUUGGAGCGUCUCUCACACAUCAGAGAGAGUGUGGAAGACAAGCUGGAAUUGAGACGGAAACAGUUUCAUGUUCUUCUUAGCACCAUCCAUGAACUUCAGCAGACACUGGAGAAUGAUGAAAAACUCUCAGAAGUAGAAGAAGCCCAAGAAACAAGCAUAGAAGCAGAUGCUAAGCCAUAACAGGUUAAUCACUCACCGUUCCUGAGAUUACUGAGAGCUUAGAGUCUAGAACAGGCUAUGCUCUUGAGAUACUUAAAGUCUUGGCAGUGAAUACUUCGCUUUUAAAUAUUAUUGCUCAUUUUACUUAUACUUCUUCACACAAAGAAAAAUGACUUCAGUGUAUAUUUGUUUUUAUUGAAACACUUUUUAUUGUUGAAAGACAGGAAACAGCACUGAAAUCAGUUGAAUAAAAUGUG